AUGCUGAAGGAGUCAAGGUUGCGACGGAAGGCUCGUCUGCAAGAAGAACAACACCCAACAGAACCGAUUGACAUCUUCUAUGAGGACGAUGUCAACAUGGGGAUGAUGCCCGGGUCAGGCCUGAAAAGUCCCCGAUACAACGUCGAUGACAUCCCGGUCGACAGAUUACAUCUGGAGCGUGCGCUGGACGACGAUAGCGCGGCGCGGGGAGUAACUGGUCAUCGAUACAUGCACGACGAGAACAAGCUCAUCAAGAAGAAGUACAAGGCCGGGCCGACCACCCAGGCCGAGGUGCGGGAGUGCUCCGCAAGCCUGGAGAAUUGGCAGCUGGGUCUGAUCUCAGUGGGCCCUGGAGUCUUGGAUUUCGGGAAUGUCUACGUGAAAUCUACCGUCGUGAAGUCUUUCUCGGUCUUCAACGAUCUUCCGCAGGCAAUCCUGGUGGCCAUGCAGUAUGACGCCGAAGAGCUUAGCCGUUCCACACCGACAUCACAGGUCGUUCCCUCGGCUCAUGCGGCCGGCUUCGACGUCUCCGUGUGCUCAGCUGUUCCGCAGACGUUUCAGCGACAGGUAGUGUACACGAUCAACGGCAUCCAUCCGUACAAGCUGCUGAUCAAGGCAACGAUCACGCCUGUCCAGAUCAGAAUGUCCCGGGCCGACAUCAAUUUUCGCUUUGGUGAGGACAGUUUGGACAAGACUCUCACUGAGAAGACGCUUGGCUGUGCUACCCCA